UUAGUUUUUUGUUUAUGUUGGGACGUUGUCGGAAAAAUCGGCUGUUUUUCCGUGUGUCCGUCUGCUAUGAAAAGCUGCUAAAAAGCUAAAUAUAAAAAUCAGCGCAGCGCAUACGUUGGCUGGCUGCAUUGUUUUCCCAUUUUAAUGGAAAAUUAUGUGAGUGCGAGUCAGAAAAACGCAUCUUGUGUGUGUAUAUAUAUAUAAGUAUGUAAUUGUGCCCGUGUACGUGUGUGUGUUUUUGUGUGCAUGGUGCAAUGGAAAAGUGAUUAUUAUAAAUGAAAAGCAGUGAAAUGUACAACCAACUCCCACUUGUACGUGUGUAACGGCAAAAGGGUGUUUUGCCUGGGUGUGCGUGCCAGAUAAAAGACUUUGACUUUCUGGAGGAUACUAUAGUGUCAUCCGAGUGGUAUAAGCACGGCAAAAGCCCCUAAUAUGCAGGCAAGUCCAUUAGUUAUGCCAGAGGUCAAAGUUAGGCCCGCAGCCAGGACCUAAGGAGCAAUAAUAAUGUUGUAAGAAGGCGGCGAGCCUGUAUAAGAGAGAAAGAGAGAGGUCUGGUGUUUUGGUGUGAGUGCGUGGUAGAACAAAGAGGACGAAAAACACGGCUAAACGAAUUCGCCGCAACACGAAUUCGCCGGCAGAAAUUGAAAGAAAAACAAAAGGAUAUCCUUUUAAAACUGAUUAAAAAUAAAGACUGCUAAGCUAUAUAUAAUCCGAAACUAUGUCUGCUGCGGAACUUGAGGCAGAGGCUGCCGCCCAGGAGCAACAACCCCAACAACAACAACAAUCGCAGGGCGAAGAAACAAAUACAAACUCCACUGCCAUCGAUGAAAACACAACCACAACAAACAAUUACAACAAUAAUCUGGAUACGGAAACCCAGCUACAAAUGCACCACGAACCGCAGCAACUGGAAAUCGAGGGCAACAGCAACAAUGGGCUCUCAGGACUCGGAAUCAGCCUGAUGAACUCCUCACCGCCGCCGCACAGCUACCGGCACUCGCGGGCCUAUCGCCACUUCAAGAAUCCUCCCCAGCCGCACAUGUGCAUCCGCACCACCACAGAAUCCGGCGAGGAGCUUUUCAUCAACGUCCUAAGCUGGACGCGCAUUGUGAUACCGCAGGAGCCCAGUGAUCCCAUCCCUCUUUACGGGGGUAUGCGGGUUCCGCCUGGCAGCCCCAGGAGUCCUCCCAUCGUCUUUGCCGUCAUGGCUAAUCCGGAAGUGCUCAAGGACUCCGGUCGCCAUAGCAAAGAUCCCGAGGAGCGACGUGCCAUGGUGGAGCUUAUGUGUGACUUUGUGGAGGCUAUGAAUCCAGGCGUGAAACUAGUCAGAAACGCCGUAAUACUCAAGGAUCGCGACAUUUCAGGCGAACUGAAGGACGUGUGGAACGCAGUGCAGGCGCAGCGCGAUCGUGAGCGAGAGGAGCAGAUGAUGCAGCAGCGCCAGCAACAGCACUACCAGAACAUCACCACCCAACAGAUGUUUCCCAAGUCGCCAGAUGCAGUGCGGGCAGCUAGUGGUGGUGCUGCCAUGAACGAGGCCAGCCCGCCACCGGCUCACCUGUCUGAGCCGCUGCUGGCAGAGCACGGAAACGCUAAUGGGAACGGGAAUGGUAUCACUUUGGCCGUAUUUGCGCAGCAACUGGACAACAAGGUGGCCAGCGAGCAUGCAGAACAGCAGGAGCAAUCAGCAUUACUGGAGGAAGCCUGUGUGGAUCAAACGGAUGCGGGCAACUCAGCGAAUGGAUCAGCGUCGGUGCUGGACAAUCAAACGGUGGUGGAGACCGAAUCAGAGGCGAAGGUUGCUUCACCGGCAGCCACCAAUGGAGCCAGCACGCCCACAUCCAGCAACUCAACUCCUCCCGCAACAGCCACAUCCACUUCCAGUCCAACUCCAGCUCCUGCUCCUGUUGCUACACCAACUCCUCCACCUGCUGCUCCCGCCAAGAAGGAAAAACUGGGUGGUUUCUUGCCCAAUGGCUGCAUCUUCCCGCGCUUUAAGAACAACAAGAAUAAAGACAAGGAUAGCAGCCACAAAGAGGGCAAGAGCAAAGAGAAGACCCUUCUGAACGCACUGAAAAAGAGCAAGGAGAAGAAGGUGGCGCCCAGUGAGCAGCCCCCAGAGAAGGCAGCCGUCUCGGACAAUGGAACCACGCAGUACGAGAAGAACUGCAUCAACAAUCUGGAGUGCGAGGUGCAAAAGCUGGAUCUGAACAGCGGCAGCAAUGGCGACAACAGCAUGUUUAUCAAGCUGAAAGUGUCGCCGGCCAAUGCCACAGCAGCGGCAGCGGCGGCCAAGUACUACUUUCUACAGAACGACCUACUAUACAACGCGAUCCAUGGAUGCGAUGGAUCUCCUAAAUCCGCAAGGAUCUGGAUCAUCCUACUCAUCCUUGUUGUUGACGGCCCGCAGACGUUCCAGCUCGGCGCGCUCCUCCUUGUUGCGCAACAAUGGGACAUUGUAGUCGAAGGCGUAGAAGAAGCCCUUGGGCUCACCGGUCUCCUCCGGUCCGGGAACAUAUGGCUGCUCCUCGUGGACGUAGGGCUGGUACUCUGGCUCAGCGGGCUGAUAGCGACCCUCCUGCUGGUACUCGGCGGCAUAGGGAUCGGGAUUGUGACCAGCGGCGGCGGCCAGUUCACCCCACAGCUUGAAAUGCUCCUCCUCGGCCUUCAGUACAGCCGGAGUUUUGGUCGCCGGCAGUUUCAGGUGCGCUGGCCGGUUGUCCUCCACAUGGAAACCGGUCUUAUCCGCAUAGUAGUUGGCCACAAAGUCACGGCCAUGUGGCUGAACGUACUUGUACGAUCCAGUGACCUUGCCCGUCUCAUCGCGCCUCUCGUUCUUGCCCUGGUUCCAGUCCUUGUAGCCAUAGGCGAACUGACCCAAUCCGUCCUGGCCAUGGUACUGAUGGGCAUCGUAGUGCUCCUCCACAUAAUCCUCUGGGUGCUCGAUCACCCGACCCAUGUACACGAAUUGUCCCUGCUCGUUGCGGGCCUCGGGCAGCGGGUUCUCUCCGGUCUUGGGUGCAUACUCGAUGUCGCCAAUGCCGCGCAGUUGGGCGCUAUUCAAAAACUGCUGAGCUUCCUCGGGGGUUAUGUUGAUCUUGAAGAUGUUCUCGCCGCUGGCGAGGUGCGAGUGCGUAACAGAGAAAAGGAUUCCACACGGCGACAGCGAAAUCAUGGUAGUGUUGGAGACGGAGAAGGUAAGGCGAAAAGGAGAAAAAUCGAGCCGCAUGGUUUCGAUUCGAUUUCGAUUUCGACUGAGCCGUGGCAGGAACAACAAAAACAGGUUUUUUGGUUAAUAAUACGCAAGGAAAAAGCGAACUGCAGGGAAGAUAUCAAGAAACAAUCCAAAAUCCACACACACUCGAACAGAAAUCAAAAGCUUCGCUCUCUCGCACACACACACGCACCACCACCACCACAACUAUCACAAACACCACGACAGAGAGAGCGGCAAGUGAAUCACGGCGAAUCCGAAUCCUCUCCGGAACUGAUCCUACCAUCAAACGCAUCCAAAAACACGGCCGCCAACAUGCAGAGCGACUUUCACAGAAUGAAGAACUUUGCCAAUCCCAAGUCCAUGUUCAAAACCAGCGCCCCAAGCACCGAGCAGGGUCGUCCGGAACCACCCACUCCGGCUGCUCCCGCGAAGAUCGCCGAGGUUAAGGAUGUCAAGCCCAAGGAGGAUCCGCAGGAGGCUGGUGAGCCGGCCGUUGGAGGCACUGCAUCGACCACCGCCCCAGCUGGCGACGAUGCCGUGCGCACCGAGCACCUGUUCAAACACCCGCUCAUGAAUGUGUGGACCCUGUGGUACCUCGAAAACGAUCGAUCCAAGUCCUGGGAAGAUAUGCAGAACGAGAUCACCAGCUUCGACACCGUCGAGGACUUUUGGAGUCUGUACAACCACAUCAAGCCGCCAUCAGAGAUUAAAGUGGGCAGUGACUACUCGCUUUUUAAGAAGAACAUUCGUCCCAUGUGGGAGGAUGCUGCCAACAAGCAGGGCGGUCGGUGGGUCAUUACCCUCAACAAAAGCUCCAAGAGCGACCUGGAUAACCUAUGGCUUGAUGUGCUGCUUUGCUUGAUUGGCGAGGCCUUCGAUCACUCCGAUCAGAUUUGUGGUGCUGUCGUAAAUAUUCGCGCCAAGAGCAACAAGAUAUCCAUCUGGACUGCCAACGGCAACAACGAGGAAGCUGCCCUGGAGAUUGGCCACAAAUUGCGCGAUGCCCUGCGUCUGGGACGCAACAACUCGCUGCAAUACCAGUUGCACAAGGACACAAUGGUCAAGCAGGGCUCCAACGUCAAAUCGAUCUACACCUUGUAGGCUUCCGCACCUCGCCCGCCAUCCGAUCCCUCAGAGUUUAGUUUGUGUCGCCUUUAUUUAUGGUUAUAAACAUCAGCGAAUGAUCGUAACUCUUGUCCAAGACUUGCGUAACGAAUCCGGAAUAGACCCCUUGUUAUCAAAAAUCGGCAAGCAUAAUAUCUGCUUUUUGUAGUCAUUGUCAAUAUUGGAUUUAACGGAAAAGUAUAAUAAAAAACAUAUAAUAAAACCGGA